GUUAUGGCUCCUACUGAACCACCUCAAAAGCCUGGAAAAUGCCCAGAUUCUCAAUCAAAAGCCUGGAUACCCUUCCGCGGCCAUUGCUAUCUUGUAGAAUCUUCAUACACCAGAAACUGGGCUCAGGCAUCUGUGGAAUGUCUUCGGCAAGGAGCCAAUUUAGCGUCAGUUGAAGAUCAGGUGGAAGCAGACUUUUUAUUCCACAAUAUUGAGUUACUCAGUGAUCGGACAAACACCUUCUGGAUUGGUUUAUACAGGAAUGUAGAAGCAAAAUGGCUGUGGUUGGACAACACUCCCAUGGACUAUGUAAAUUGGAACACUGGGGAACCAUCUGACCAAUCAGACGAGGACUGUGUAGAGAUGUAUGCUACAAAAGGGACCUGGAACAACCUCUACUGCUCUUCCUACAAGGGAUACAUAUGUAAAAGACCAAAAAUUCCAGUGCCUACUGAAAAGCCAGUAAAACCAGAGGAGUCCAAGGGAGAACAACAGAAGUCAUCACAUGGUGUCACCGGGGGUGUGGUCAUACUUGUCAUAGUUGUCAUUGCUGGAAUCACUAUUGCAGUCUAUUACCUGUACAGAAAGAAGCAGACUAAGGUCCCUCCCCCAGAAGAAAGCUUUGACAACACCCUAUACUUCAAUGGCAACCGCGCUCCCCCAACAAGUGACACCAACAUUCUUGUGGAUAACAUUGAACAAAACGAACGUGCAAUUUCUUAG